GAGUGGAACAUUGUUGCGCGGAACCGCGGUGGCAAAAACCAGCCAGGGAGCUCCACAUCCUCGCGUGUACAGUGCGCGUGCCUAUAGAAGAGAUCACCUUAUUCUUCGCUAUAUAUACUCAAUACUCGUCAAAUCAUCGCUGUGUGUGUGUGUGUGCGCGCGCGCGCGUAUCGUAUGUGUGUACGUCUACCGGGCUGUGGCUCCGAUACACAUACACCCCCUCCGAGAGCAGCUCGCCAGAGCUUAUAGGUUACACACACCCGUUGACACGUAUCCGUUCUUGCAGCUUGCUCGGUUACUGGUUAGCUCGCCCUGUAUAUAAGUAUAGCAGUAGACAGUAGAGCCACGACGUAGAGACACAGCAUUGCUUUGUUUUUCCUGCUGCUGCCGAGUUCACGUCGCUCUCGCCCUUGACAGACAUUUCGGUGGUUCCCUCACUGCGCUUGCUGUGCUUACCUGAGCUGUACCCGAAGAAAAACUCCUGGACAUGUCGGAAGGACGCAAGGAAGUUCGAGUCUGGUGCGACGGUUGUUAUGACAUGGUUCAUUUUGGCCAUGCAAACUCCCUGCGCCAGGCAAAGGCUCUAGGUGACUACUUGGUUGUGGGAGUUCACACAGAUGAAGAAAUUACAAAGCACAAGGGACCACCUGUUUUUACGCAGGAAGAAAGCAAUAACUGGAACUAAGGCUGUAAUCAAUGGAUAGUUAUUUGCAUAGUCAUUAGAAUUUCGGUAUAAAAUGGUUCGUGGUAUCAAAUGGGUAGAUGAGGUUGUAGAAGGUGCACCUUAUGUAACAACUUUAGAAACGUUAGAUAAAUAUAAUUGUGACUUCUGUGUCCAUGGUGAUGAUAUAACAAUGACUGCGGAUGGAGUGGAUACGUAUCAUCUUGUAAAAGCCGCGGGCCGCUAUAGAGAAGUACAAAGGACAGCUGGGGUGUCCACAACUGAUCUUGUUGGUCGCAUGUUGCUGAUGACAAGACAACACUUUAGACAGGGUGAUAGCGAAUAUAGUGUAGAUAGGGAGCCAAGUAAAAGUAUGGGUCAAGACAGAACAGCACGUAGUCCAUGGACUGGAUGCUCUCAGUUUCUACCUACUACACAAAAAAUAAUUCAAUUUAGCGAUGGCAAAAGUCCUCAACCUGGUGAUAAAGUUGUGUACGUUGCUGGUGCCUUUGAUUUAUUCCACGUUGGCCAUUUAGAUUUCCUAGAGGUCGCUAAGAAAGAGGGAGAUUAUUUAAUUGUUGGAUUACAUACAGAUCCCGCGGUUAAUCGGUACAAAUGUGGAAAUUAUCCAAUAAUGAAUCUUCACGAAAGAGUUCUAAGCGUUCUAGCGUGCAAAUACGUUAACGAAGUUGUGAUUGGUGCGCCUUACGAGGUUACCAAGGAAUUGAUGGAACACUUUAACGUGUCUAUUGUGUGCCACGGACAAACUCCGAUAAUGCCAAGUGAAUACGGAACGGAUCCAUACACUGAACCAAAAAGACAAAAUAAAUUCAAGACGUUAGACAGCGGUAAUGACAUGACUACGGAGAAAAUUGUUGAGAGAAUAAUUCUGCACAGGUUGCAAUUUGAAGACAGAAAUUUGAAGAAAGAGAAAAAAGAAUCAGCUGCGUACGAAGCUUUUGUAAAAGGGCAAAAGUCGUGAACGGGAAGAAAGUAAUUUGACACAUCUAAAUGAACUGGAUUCAUGGAGCCUUCAGUGUAAAUAUAGUACAUGGACUUCUUAUUUAUUAACUAUAUGAACUUGUGCCGUAAAAUAUUAUUGUAAAUCGUAUAAGUGUUAAUCAGAAGAUUUUCUAUUAAGUAUCAUCCAUUAGUUAGGAUAGAUAAUGCAAAUUGACAUUGAAAUCUUCACUUGACAUUGUAUUAUAAACAUCCAAUAGUAAUUACUACGAUCUACUGUAAAUUCAGUGAGAAAUUUUGAAGCUGUUUGAAUCGUUAUCACGAAGCAGGUUAAAAAUGAAAUAUUUAUUGACAAAUUUAAGUUAAUGCCCGGAAGAAUUGAAGAGGCUCUCUGUUAAAAUUUUCUUAAAGAUAUAAGACAAUUAUACUUGAAUAGGCUUCUUGAUGAUAGAAUUUCGUAAUUGAAUUAUCAGGGAAUUUAGUAGAUUCGUUAAUGUGAAAUGCUUGUCGUAAGCCUAUCUAUUAGCGAAUUAAAUGCCACUGAGAAAUUAAUUUAAUUUCAAGCUAAUAUUUUAACUUUAAAAAACCUUAAUAUUUAAUCUUAGUCUUUAUGGACGACCAAAGAUUGAUUCAUGAGGUGUUUCAUCAUAGUCGAUUUUAUGUGAUCAUAACGUCAGGGAAAUUUAAACGAUAAACUGUCAAUAGCAUUUGUAACAUGUUGUAAAAAGAACACAGCGUAUGAAAUACCGUGUUAAAAUGUUUAAAGUGAAAACAUAACAAAAUUUUAGUUCACGCUAGAUUGCAGUAUUCAACGCACUGGAGGUCUUACAAAAUUCAUUGUUAUGUUUUGACUUUUUGGAGAAAAGUUUUGGUUAAUUUAUCGAAUAGGUCACAAUAAUCUCUAUUUUUCUAACGUUAUUUAAAUAACUUUUGUUAUACACUAUUUUUAAUACUUUUUUUUAUUCUUAGAAAGUUAUUUUUAUCGUUUUGUUCUAUUAUAUUAGAAUCGAUGGAUUUCGAUGUUUUACUACAUUGUUUUAGAACCACAAAGCAUGAUAUACUUUUAGCAAAAUUAUAUAAGAUUAUUUGACCAAUAAAUUCAAUUUGUCAUUUUA